GCCAAGGAUAUCGUUCAUUGUACGGGGAUUCACAAUGGAUAAGUAAUCUUUAGUUCUAUAGACCCCAUCCUUACAUGUCAGCAUAGAUCCCGUCCUUAUAUUUAUGUUGACUUUGUUUUAUUCUUUUCAUGUUACUUAUGGCUUGGUUUGCCAUUCAAAAGUGCCAUGAGGGUAUUUUUAAUAUAAAAAAAGAGGAGUUUAAAGAGCAGUCACUCAGGCCUUCCGAUAUGGCAUGGAUUAUCUCAUGUUGAUAUUAACGUGCUGGAGUGUGUGCAUGUGAGACCUUUGCCCUCGUUAGACACGUGUUCACAGCAGUAAAUAUACAUGCAUUGACCUAGAUUAUACUCGUGGAGUAUAUAUAUACCCGUCGUGUUCACCCAGGUUGUACCAUGAGUCAUUUUUCUUGUGCAUAUAUCUUAGCAAAAAUUGAAUAUACUGUAAACAUUGUUGCUGGAAUUUUGCUUCGACAAUAGCUCGACAAGCUCGAAAAUUUAAGUUGUUUUAUCGUCUGCAACUGUGAUAGGCAAUUCGAUCGGCAAUACGCGUUGGACGGGUAUGCCGGGUAUGAACAUUAUCUGCUGUAGUAAUUACUCGUCUUGUCAGACUUUCACUACACAUCCAAGGAUUGUCUGUCAAGCAAUAUGAGCAAUAUGGAGAGGAAUUGUUGUGUUCCAGCUAUCGCAGUACACGGAGGAGCGUGGGCCAUACCUCAGUCCGAUACGGAGGCUAGUUGUCAAGGUGUCCAGCGAGCUGUCAGGGCAGGCUAUAAGGUCCUAGAGAAUGGAGGGACUGCAGUAGAUGCAGUCGAACAAGCUGUCAGGGUUUUAGAAGAUGACCCUGUCUUCGAUGCUGGAACUGGGUCUGUUCUUAAUUACGAUGGUGAUGUUGAAAUGGAUGCCAUCAUCAUGGAAGGGAAGGAGCUGAAAUGUGGAGCAGUUGCUUGCGUUAAUAACAUCAAGAAUCCUAUCUCAUUGGCUCGAAAAGUUAUGGAACAGACAGACCAUACACUUCUCGUUGGACAUGGAGCUAAUAAAUUUGCCAAUGAGAUGGGGAUUGAGAAAGUACCUACCUCUGAUCUGGUGACGGAGGAUGCCAGGAAAACAUGGGAGGAGUAUCGCAAGUUCAAGAAGACCGUCGAUGUUUUCUUCUCUAGUAGGACAGAAGCUGGUCAUGAUACUGUCGGAUGUGUCGCCCUUGAUAGGUUGGGCAAUGUCGCGUGUGCGACCUCAACGGGGGGAAUCUCGGCGAAGAAGGUCGGGAGAGUUGGUGAUAGCCCUAUCAUAGGAAGUGGUGCCUAUUGUGAUAAUGCAUACGGAGCAGUAUCAACCACAGGGCAUGGAGAAAAUAUCAUGAAAGUCACUCUUGCCAGAACUAUCAUCAGUUAUAUGGAACAUUUAGGUUUAUCUGCUAAAGAGGCAGCCGAUAAGGCCAUUGCAUUCAUGUCAAAGAGAGUUGGUGGUGUAGGAGGUGCAAUAGUGGUCAGUUCAACCGGUCAGUUGACUCGGAGCUUUAACUCAGAACGUAUGGCAUGGGCCUUCGCCUCUAACAACUCUGUUCGAUAUGGUAUUGACCCAGGUGAUGACAUCGAUGCGGGAGCAGUUUAACCAACUAUUUUAGAUAGGCCAUACAUCCAAAAUAAGAAAAAAAACAUAUAUUUUCAUAAUAUAUUUUUUAAUGAUUAAUCUUAAGGUAUGUGGACGUUUAAAUAAUGUGCUGUACCUCAUUUGAAAUAUUUAUUUUGAUUUCCUCCUCGGCUGGUAUUUUUAGAUGCCAGUGCAUGGUUGUUGUUAUUUGUUGUUUGUUUUAAGCAAUCAACACUGUCUUUUUCAAGAUUCUCAAUAUAAGAGCCAUUUUGACUGGAGUGCAACCCCGGAAGUAUAAAGUUUUCAAGCAAAAUGAAGCAUUUUCAUUACAGGACGGUAAAUCUGACAAUAAUUCAAACCAACGUAGAAAGAACCCAUCUGCCCAGAAAACACGCUCUGUCUUCACGUUUUUUAUGACAUUUUCAUAUAAAUACUGGAUGAAAACCCAAAGCAACACACACGUGUGUGUUCGUUGGUAUUGUAGAGAGUUUUCGCUCCAUGACGCACGGUGGAAAAUAUCGAUAAUGUGUUGUCAAAUGCCCUUCAUGACAAUGAAUAACUAAGAAGUCUUUGUCGAAAAUUGGUGAAUCAAAACAGCAGUUUCGUCCCGGACCCCUCUAGACAAACAACAUAAUGCAUCUUUUCGUCAGCUCCGAAACCUAGGACGAAACCGCUGUUCUGGUUAACCAAUUUCGACAAAGACUCUCCAGUUGUUUUUGUCAUUAAUUUUGACUGUGUUCUUAAAUCCGUUGUGCGUUGCGAUGCGAAAACUCACUAGUAACACCUUUUGUGAUGCGGUUACUAUAGUAUUUUGCGAUAAUAUUGUUAUGCGCUUGCGCAAAACAGCUACUCCUUGUCUUGAGUAUGUGCAUAACCUUAUUUUGGGCCGAUCCUCACAGAAGUUACGUCGUCAAUCUAAAGCUGUCUAUAAUUCGUGGUUAGUUUGGUUGCAUUCUCGCAUUCUUGCAUUUAUUUUCAUUAUUCUCUCAGGGAAUGUUUCCAAAGUUUCUAAAGAAAACAUAACUUGUCUUCUUAUUGCUUUACGUUACGAUAGUGCUUGUUAAUAAGGAGAUUUUGCUUAGCAACGUACGGAAGAUUCAAGAACAGAUUAAAUGUAUUGUCAUAUGACGUCAUGACAAAAAAAACAAAGAAGUCUUUGUCGAAAAAUGGUGAAUCGAAACAGCAGUUUCAUCAUCAUCACGGGUACUCAGCAACAGAACAAAAGUUCCAUGACGCUGUGGUCGGGUACAGAUGCGACAUUGAUUAGUUUAGAGCAGCCUUAAAUUUGUCAAGGGAUUGCAUUGACGUAGUGGUUAAGGGGAGGUCGUUCCAGUCCCGUAUGGUUCGUUGAUUCUGAAUAAACGAUACAUUAAGAAUUUUUCAUCUGCUCUAAGAUGACACGGCUGUACCUCACCUCUCGAUAAAUAUAAAUCAUCUAUACUUCAUGAUGUGGAUAUUCCGAUAUCAACAAGUUUAAUGAAUAAAAAUGAUCAGAAGAAAGUUAGUAGGUCUACGUCUUAAAGUUAUGCAUAUAAAAAAAAUCAAAGGUCUUGUUGAAGAAGGUACUAAGCUUAUUUUUCAUGUAGAUAACAUUAUAAAAAUGUACGAAUCAAAAAAGGAUACUUGUUCAUAAUCUGUGCCAACUUGGCCCUGAAUAUGGCACCAAUCAUUUUGUACAAUACUGCCCUCUAUAGUUAACGGAAUAUUGAACAAUGAAAAGUUUUACAGAAAACUACGCAUAAUGCAAUGUGUGAGUGAUUUCACAUUUCUUCGUUUCACUAAACUGUUGAAACUGUUCCUAACGUUACUAACCAAUGUAUUAGCAUUUUAACAUCUUGUUCGUAGAUCGAGACUAUGUUAAAGCCGCAUGGUACAUGAUAAUCCAUGUUGAUGGAUUAUAAUCAUUUUGAUAAAGUCCGCUUCAAUCGUGAACAUAUUUUAUCUUCUUAAUAGAUAAACGUAUGACAGAUUUUUCACAAAAUA